GGAUAAAACUACAAGCGGUACCCGGAAGUCAAGACAGAGUGAGUCCUCUCUGCUUUUCUAACCUAUCUCUUCUUCUACCACCACGGUUGGGAGUUCACCUGGGUUUUUUAUCCCAUUUUGCAUUAAAGCUUCCUGACUCCUGAUUCCUCCAUUUUCAGCUGCAGAAAAUUGAAAAAAUGAGCAACUCAGAGGAACCCAAAGUGACCAAAGUGACUCCUCACAUAGUGAAGGAAGAGCUCAUGGCGGCAGGAAAAUGGGUGAAGCUGGAGAAGACGACGUACGUGGACCGCGCUGGAACCACCAGAACCUGGGAGAGUGUGAAAAGGACAACAAGGCAAACCAACACAGAAGCAGAUGGUGUUGGAAUCAUCGCCCUGCUGAAGCGGACGCUCCAUAAAGACUGCGUGGUGAUGGUGAAGCAGUUCCGUCCUCCGAUGGGAUGCUGCACUCUGGAGUUUCCUGCAGGCUUGAUUGACGAGGGGGAAAGUGCGGAGGCCGCUGCGCUGAGGGAGCUAAAAGAAGAAACCGGCUACAGAGGGGAAGUAGUAGGAGUCACUCCAGUGACCUGUCUGGACCCCGGCCUGUCUAACUGCACCACCCAGAUGGUCAUGGUCAACAUCAACGGAGACGAAGGGGAGAACAUCAACCCAACGCAACAGCUCGGUGAUGGAGAAUUUGUCGACGUCAUUCUUUUACCUCUUGAUGAAUUCCAGUUGAAAAUAGAUGAUCUGAUGAAGAAAGAAAAAAUCGUGGUGGACGCCAAAGUGUACAUCUUUGCCAUGGGGAUGGUUCAGGCCUUCUUCAAGCCGAGGGAGCUCCCCGUCCUGAAGCAGUGAAGAACGACAAUGAGAGGAGAAGAAGAAGAGAAAUAAUUUCCUAUUACACCGGGCUCCUACACAGGACUGGAAAAUCUGUAUUGAAAAUGAAAAAUUCUAGUAAGAAAUUGUAUAAAAAAGUUGUUGUUGCAUCGUGGUGUUAGACACCGUGCAACCUCAUAUUUUAAUAUUUGUUUCUAUGACGUAUAAUGACUGUCUAUAGAGCAAUGUGGGAGACGUGUGUCAAUCAUACUGAACACACACACACACAAAAAAAAAAUCAAAGUCUUGGAAAAAGCCUUGGAUUUAGAAACCUAUGAAGGAGCCCUGUUAACGCUACAUAUACUGGAGCACUUUGUGUUUCCAGUACGGAGGUACUACCACACACCUCGAGGCCUGAAACAUACUCUGGUGGGGUUAACUGUUUGUGCACUAACACAGAAUAUGUUUCAGCCUUUAGUCUCGAUAAAUACCUGUUGCCUUUACUUGAUAAAUAAUCAUUUCCAGGUGUUGUUUUUAUGAGAUUACAUGUAGUUUGAUGAGAUGCAUUUUGUUGUAAUUUUUUAGUUAGUGAUUGUAAAACAUUCCUAACAUACUGUUUCGUUGACUUAAAAACACUUUUCCUGCUAAAAAAACAGCUAUUGCUGAAAUACGAUGCUUCGUUUAGUUCGUUCUUUUUCUCAAAGAUAACGUUAAGCAAGCUCACGUCCUCCUUCUGGAUUUUGACCGCAUGCAUUCUGAGAACAAAAGAACUUUAGAGAAAGUAGACGAGCCAUUAGUUACAACAUAACUCGUAACAUAUAGUAUUUAGUUCAUAUAUUAAAAACAGUGUUAACAAUAUGAGGGGGGUUUUUCUCUACCCCACUGUAAUGUACGACGGAGAUACUGUCAUGUUAAAGGCAGUAACUGAUGAAUAGGAUAUAAUUCAUGCUGUGCCUUCAACUUCGUUACGGUGCAAUUAACUGGAUAUCGAUGUUGUACUUAAUUAACUAGGACUUACUGACCAAAAAGAAUGAAUAAAUGUGAUACUACCUUUGC